UAAGAGACAGAACUAACUUGUUUUAUCACACAGUAAGUACUCACCAAAGAAACAACAUAAUUUAGUAAAUAUGAAGAAUUUUAUCUGUUUAGUAAGCACUAUUGCAUUUGCUAGUGCAAGUCAUAUAGGUAACUAUGGAAUCGCAGUAUCUUCUGGCGGAAGCUCUGGUGGGGGCCUUGGAGGAGCAGGUCUUAGUGGCGGCGCUGGUGUUCUGGGAGCCAAUGUAAUAGGUCUAGGAGGAGCAGCAAAUGGAGCAGGCGGUUCAGGAGCAGGUUCUUCAGGAACCGCCGUAAGCAGCGCAUCUGCAUAUGGUGGAGGCACUAGCUACUCUUACGGAGCAGUAUCAGGCGGUACCAACGGUUUUGGAACCCUUGGAGGCGGUAUUGGAGUUGGAUUAGGCGCAGGAACUGGGGCUGGCAUUGGGGCUGAAAUUGGCGGUGGUAUUGGAGGAGCCCUGGGUGGAGGAAGUGGAGUAGGACUUGGAGGUGUAAAUGGAGGAGGCGGUGUUGGUGUAGCAGUUGGCUCAGUAACAAGUGGAGGAGUAGUGACAGUACCAUCUGGUCCUGCAGUAUCUGUACCAACGGCUUUCAGCACCCAAUCCAGAUUUGACAUAAUCCAUCCUGGAUCGAUUGUUCAACAAUCGGUAUCACAAGUACCAGUAGUUAGCACCCAAAUAAGACCAGUGGCAAUUGCAGUAAAUGGACAUGGACACGAACAUGGGCACUACUAAGAAGACUAGCUUACCAUAAAAACCUCACAACUUGUAGCAUAGCUAAAGAUAUCUGCCAUUAAUAAUAGCUUAAAAGUGUGUGUGAUAUUAAAUAAAUAUACAGGGUGUCUUUAUUAAAAUUGCAGCUUAUUUUAA